GUUGCCUGGAAAGGCAUCAAGAAGAACAAGAGAAUGAUCUCUCUGCGCAAGUGAUAGAUUAUGAACCUGAAGCAGGUUCUUCAUCAGUUCAGCAAUUAUCACAACAUCAAACAGAACUUUCACAGGAGGAUGCUGAUGAUCUAUUUGGUUGCAAUGAUUAA